AUGGCAAAGAAAGAGGAGUUCUUGAAGGAACAUGAAUAUUUGUACGAGAAAGAAGUCUCCCGCUCUGACUUCCCUCCUGAUUUUCUCUUUGGAGUUGCCACUUCGGCUUAUCAGAUUGAAGGAGCCAGCAAUGAAGGUGGCAGGGGUCCUUGUAUAUGGGAUGCUUUUGCGCAGUCUAAGGGAAAUAUACUUGAUGGAAGCAAUGGUGAUGUUGCAGUGGAUCAUUAUAAUCGAUACAAGGAAGAUAUUGAGAUCAUAGCCAAACUGGGGUUUGAUGCUUAUCGAUUUUCCAUUUCGUGGUCUCGAAUCUUCCCUGAUGGUUUGGGAACCAAAGUCAAUGAUGAAGGGAUUGCUUUCUACAAUAACGUCAUUAAUGCUCUUCUUGAAAAGGAUACCUGCUUUGCAAGUUUUGGUGAUAGAGUUAAGCAUUGGAUCACUCUUAAUGAGCCUCUCCAAACAGCAAUCAAUGGUCAUGACACUGGGAUUUUUGCACCUGGAAGACAUGAACAAUCAUCAACAGAACCGUAUUUGGCUUCACACCACCAGAUCUUGGCCCAUGCAGCUGCUGUUUCCAUAUACCGAAGCAAGUACCAGACUCUUAUUAAUGUUGUCAAGGAAGGUUCUUGUUCGUCACAGGCAUUUGUACUGCCUCAGCAGUUGACAAAUGAACUUGUUAAGAAGAAAGAAUUUGACAAGCAAGGAGGACAGAUAGGCAUGGUGGUCGACUGUGAGUGGGCAGAAGCUAGCUCAAACAAAAUAGAAGAUAAAAUUGCAACAGUUAGACGCCUCGAAUUUCAGCUUGGAUGGUACUUGAAUCCAUUAUAUUACGGAGACUAUCCGGAAGUUAUGCAUGAAAUACUUGGAGAACGGCUCCCAAAGUUCACAGAGGAAGAUAAGGAGUUGCUUAGAAACUCAAUCGACUUUGUAGGUCUAAAUCACUAUACUUCAAGGUUCAUAAGUCAUGCAACAGAGAGCCCUGAAGGAGCCUAUUACUAUAAAGCACAAUCUAUGGAGAGGAGAGCUGAAUUUGAAGGAGGUGAGCCAAUUGGUGAGAAGGCAGCAUCAGAUUGGCUUUAUGUUUGUCCUUGGGGACUCCGGAAGGUUCUCAAUUACAUAGCUCAGAAAUACAAAAACCCCCCAAUAUAUGUUACCGAGAAUGGUAUGGAUGAUGAAGACGUCGAUGCGCCACUUCAUGAAGUUCUAGAUGACAAGCUGAGAGUUCGCUAUUUUAAAGGAUACCUUGCUUCAGUUGCUCAGGCAAUCAAAAAAAAUAAAAUGUCAACUGGAGGAGAGAAAGGAUCGGCAACCACAAAAACGCCUGCCGAUUUCCUCAAAUCGAUACGUGGACGGCCUGUUGUGGUUAAGCUCAAUUCUGGAGUUGAUUAUAGAGGUAUUUUAGCUUGUCUUGAUGGGUACAUGAACAUAGCCAUGGAACAAACAGAAGAGUAUGUAAAUGGCCAACUGAAAAACAAAUAUGGUGAUGCUUUCAUACGAGGAAAUAAUGUUCUGUACAUCAGCACUUCAAAGAGGACACUUGCAGAUGGAGCAUAA